AUGGAAUUUAAUCUUGGACGCGAUGAGCACUCGAUUGUGGGAACAGAUAUUUCAAAACCAGGUGACCUUGUUGAGUUGAAAAGCUCUGGCUCUCGUAUGCCGCUGUUGGCCAUCUAUCUCGGCUACUACGGUGAUAGAAACCACUUCUAUGCCUCCAACGGUAGCUGGAAUAUGACCCGGGGAUUCUCUUCACUCUUUACCGUGUCCAAUUUUGUCAAGCCUGCGGAGCUAGAGCCCAUCCUAUCCAAGUUAUCGUCAGAUACAAAUGUCGAGGGCUUCGAGAAAAUGAAGGACGAAGAGAGCGGACCGUCGCGAGAAGAUGCACGGGCCUUGAUUGAGAAGAUGGACGCUUUCCGCGUUGCUGCCGAGGCUGUAUACCAACGAAAUCUCGCAAACCUCGACGCAGCACACAAAGAACUCGCUUCUACCGAUCGUGUUCGAUAUAUGAGCCUGUUCCAGAUGGCAAACACGCUGCUUCCCGAGUCAAUGCAAGUGGACGGUGAAGUCCCUGCGCCAGCGCUGUACGCCGUACAUUUGGCAUUGACCCGAAAUGAGUUUGGCUUCCAACCCGUCAGCUCCUCCCGAGCGCUCCACCGACGAGAUCAGCUAUACGAAGUCUUUCCACUGGACCAAACUAGCAUCGUCGAGAAGGUCAAUAUGCUGGUGCGGCAAUACACUGUUGCCAUGUCCAAGAGCACAGUCAUUGGCAGCGAUGCAGAGAUGAAGAAAGCGUCAUUGAGCAAGUUCAUCGAACAAGCCCGCACUGCUGUGCAAAAUAGCCGCAAGGUCCGCGGCAUUACUCCAUACGGAAUUCUAACUCCAUCCAAUGGUGGUACAAUUUCGAAACUGCAAUGGCUGCCCAUCAGCAAAGACGUUAUACUAUUUCUUGAGUUAUGGGCCAGCUAUGGCCUCUUUGAAUCAAGUGCGCGACUGCACUCUAGUGGUGCUAUGAUCUUGAGGGCACUCGGUGUGUACGAGAAUAUGCCCCUUAAUCAGACAACAGCGUGGGCAUUUCUGCAAGAAAUUGGGCACAUCAUGCCUUGGGAAAUCCCAUCUCGCUACAAGGUGCGCUUUCCUGGCACCGAGAUUGUACCCGGUGCAGGGUUGAAGCGUGAGGAGCCAAACGUCGAGGCAUCGAGGCGGCCUGAUAUUGCCGCUGGUGCCCGUCAGGACGUUACUGCUCCAGUAUUCUGCAUUGACGCUGCGACUACGAGGGUCAUUGAUGAUGGCAUCUCGGUGGAGCGGACUGAUGUUGCAGAUGAAUUCUGGAUUCAUGUACACGCAGCUGAUCCGGCGUCUGGCAUCAAGCCAAACUCGGAGCUUUGCAAGUACAUGGAGCUCAUCCCGGAUAACAUUUACCUUCCCGGCCACUUUCAAGCCAUGCUGCCAGCUGAGCUUGGGGGCACAGAUGGUGAUAACGCAUCGAGGAGCCUCGUGGAGGAGUACUCCUUGCGGCAAGAUUGUCCAGCACUUACGUUUAGCGCAAAGGUGAACCGCCGUGGCAACGUGCUUGAUUACAAGAUUGAGCCGAGCACACUGCGCAACGUUGUCUAUAUGGAGCCGGAGGAUGUGUCACAAUUUUGUUUAGAGCCGCGGCCGAAGAUUGAGCAAGGCACGGAGCUCGCAGUGGGACAAAAGCAAGAUGGCUCCGACUACGAGACUGAGCGGACAAUGGUACUGGCCAAGGACUUGGACAAGGCGCAGCAGGAUGACGUGCUACUACUGUACGAGCUUACAAAGGCAGUCAAGGACAAGCGGCUGGAGAAGGGAGCCUGGCCGUACUUCUUCCCACGACCGGCCGUCUCGGUGCAGUUUGACGCCAACCCGUCUACGGCUGCCGCCAACGAGAUUGCUAUCCCGGCUGAUCCUUAUAUCCACGUCGGCAUGGAGUCAAGCAACGGAUCGGCCCUGGUGAGCAAUUCGAUGGUGCUCGCCGGUGAGAUCGCGGCACGCUGGUGCGCGGAGCGGCAGAUUAGCGUUCCGUACCGCCGAGACGCGUACAUAGGGGCGCGGCACGAGGAGGCGCUGGCGUACGCACGCGCCGAGCUGUACCCGCUCAUCCGCGAGGGCAUCGAGCCGAGCAUGGCGCAACGUGCGGAGCUGGCGCGGCUCACGGGCGGCAUCGAGCUCGCGGGGGAGCCCGGGCCGUACUUUUUGCUGGGCCUGGACAUGUAUGCUAAGGCGACGUCGCCGCUGCGGCGGUUCGGCGACCUGCUGGUGCACUGGCAGGUGCACGCGGCGCUUGCGCACGAGCGCGCGACAGGCCGACGGUUAGGCACGGGUGACGAGGCGGUAGACGAGGUGCUGGCGUUUCCGCGGCGGCAGCUGGCAGACACGUUGCCGCUGCUGCAGCUGCGGGAGAAGCUGGGCCGGGCGGUGAGCCGAUCGACGUCGGACUGGAUGGUGAUGGCGGUGGCGCGGGCAUGGCGACAGCAGCAGCAACAGAAGGACGAAGACAGCGCGAAGCAGCAGCCAUCGGUGCUACCAUCGCGCAUCGUCUUCACAGUGGAAGUGCGGCUGCGCGAGGGCCUGGUGGGCCACCUGGACCUGUUUGGGCUCGAGGCCGUCCUGGACGUUGAUGGGCUGCACGGGUGCGCGCUGAUCGGGGACGUCCGCGUCGCCGACCGCUUUGAGGUGGCGCUCGCCGACGUUGACGUGCACGCGGGGCAGAUACUCGUGAGGGCGCUGCGGCGUGUCCCUGGCCCAACGGCGACGGAGGCGAAGGCGACUAACAAGGGCGCCGGCGGCGGCCACGAUAGUCACCCGCCGACGACGACGCAGUAA